AUGGGCAGUAGACCACCUCUUGGCCAAUAUAUAGCCAGGAAUGUUGAAGCGCCGCAGAAAUAUCGCCUACGGGUCAAGACGGCCGAUUCAAGGCUACUCGAUGACUUUGCAAGGGAGGGCCGUCGCCUUUAUCACACGGGGAUUCUGAGUAGAAGCGGACUCGAUCGCGUGUUGAAAUGCACGGCGCUGGAGCGCAAAUCUACCAAAGCGGAUUCGUUCCUCUACUAUCACUGGGAAUACUCUGGCCCCAAAGAACGUUGGGGCGAAGAUCUGUUGGCUUUCAUCAGGUGCUGGCUGCGAGCUGUUCAGCAACGCGGGCUGCAAUUCUACGACGUGAUGGACCCAACGCCGGUGUGGACUAUCCCGCCCGAGUCGCUCACCACAUCACUAAGCUGUCUCGACGACUUCCCGGUGCACUCGACGCUUUUCGGCAGCCUGCCAUGCCGCCGAACCUUCAACGCUCACUGGGAGAUCGCAUUCGCGCCGCAUUCUGAGGAGGGAGAGCGCGCUGAAUAUACGGCUUCAUUCAUCCACGACGAGGGUGUCGUCCUCGUCACCUACCGGGAUAUCGACUGGCAUCAGACGGAGAAGAACCGCCGCAGCAACCGGAACCACCGGGACACAUACGGUCGCCGUGGCUCAAGCCGCCACCACAACGGCCACAAUUCCCAUCAUCACGGCCGUAAUCACAACAACAACCGCGAGGCUCCGCCUGUUGUCUCCAAGUAUUCACUCAAGUUGUACUACAAGCACGUCAGCCGUAUCAUUGUCGAUUUGGUUGGAAAGCGCGACGGAGACUCAUACGUCACGCUAUACUUUGUCAGCGUCGUUCCCGUCGAGUUGCGCAGGCAUGCUCCCGGUCGCCAGCAGGACAUCCGGGUGACUUCUGUCUUCCGUGGCCGUCGCAGCCAAGAAGAGCCGCCGAACGGCCUCAUUGCUGACUGCAACGUGAUGGCCGUCCGUUUCCACCCCAACCACAUGUCGGACACUCAGUUGUACUCCUUGCUGGCCCGUAUUUCCGAGCGAAACCCGAUCACGGAAAUCCAGGUUGCCAGCACCAUGAUCAACUUUCAAAUUAUGGUCCACGAAAGGUCGCGGCGCAAUGCAGCCAAUCGCCAAUACGAGCAGCGCCAGGUCGCCUGGUCAUCAAGAGGUUCCGGCCGCCACCCGUACGGCUACUCGGCUCCCACGCCAAAUUACCAGCUGUAUUCCUACUAUCAGUAUGACCACGAUGAGCAAUGGACGAGGCUGUUGAAGCAAAGGCCGCCCAAGCCGAGCUUCUUCCCGAUCGCCUACUUGAUUGAAGCGCUUUUUCGACGCGGAUGUGUGGUUAAGGACCAAUUUCUUGGAUCAUGUGAGCAAUUCCGAAUUUUUCUGGACACUAUUAAACACGAAUGGGAACGCGAUGCGGAGCGCUGCGAAUGGGCACUGGAGGACGUGUUGGGUCGGGUGUCGGAAGCCGACGAAGCUAUUCCAAUCUUGCGCAAUUUUCGGCGCACGGUGGAAAAACCGAUGGACGUGUCGUGUCGCUCCAGACGCCGCGAGCUUGAGGCCGGCUACGUGCGCUGUCGGAAGCUGAUUGUCACGCCCACUCGAUUGUUGCCCCUGCCGGCUGAGACAUUGAUGGGAUGCCGGGUGUUGCGCAGCGAGGAUUCUCAGAUGGCGCUGCGUAUCGCUUUCAGGGAGGAUGACGGCACGCGCAUGUUCCGCGGUCAAACUUCGGAGUAUCUCAUGAAGCAGCGCGUCAAGGACACACUGAUCAGGGGCAUAAAGUUGUGCGGCCGUGACUAUCAAUGGCUGGGCAGUUCCAAUUCGCAAUAUCGCGAGCACGGCGCAUUUUUCGUGGCCAGCGAUGGUCGGGAUGUGCUGGAGAUUCGCAAAAAGUUCGGGGACUUUACCAGCAUCGAAUCCGAUCAAAAGGCCAUGUCUCGUUUCGGCCAGUGUUUCACCCAAAGCAAGGGCGUCGAGAUCAGCAUCCAGGAAUGGGACUAUGAGACGGUGCCCGACUACAUUGGCGGCAAUGAUAGCAACAAUGCUCCAUACAUAUUUUCUGAUGGCGUGGGCACGAUUUCGAUGGCUGUGGUGAGCCGCAUCGUGGAGCAGCUUCGCCUUCCUUCCGAUUUCUCGCCCAGCGCCUUCCAAUUCCGAUUCCGCGGGCUGAAGGGGAUGGUGACAAAGCAUCCGGUGCUCGACUACAAUAACGACUUCCUGGAAAGGCUUCAAAUUGGCGAUCGUCAUCGCCUCGAAUCACCUCCACCACCCGGCUACCUGCACUACACCGACUUCCAGUUCCGUCCAUCUCAGACAAAAUUUGUGGCCCCUCACGCUAGUGAAAUCGAAGUCGUGAAACUGGCCGCGCCUUCAUUGGCCACGUUGAAUCGUCCGUUUUUGGCCAUCAUCGAUCAGGUUUCUUCGAUGCAAUCUUCGACCUGCCAUAUGAGGACGCGUGAUCGUGUCGAAGAGCUGCUCGACAAACAUGUUGAAGAGACUUUACGUGUACUUGUGGACGAAGAGGCAGCUCGAGAGAGGAUCCGCGCGAUGCCCGCUCGUAUCGAGGUUGAUCGUCUUAAGCUCAGCCACGGUUUCCAACUGACGGCGGAACCCUUCUUCCGGAUGAUUCUCAAGUCGACCGUCAAGCACACUUUUUGCCGCGAGCUGCAAAAGAUGCAGAUUCGCUUGCCGGCGCACAAGGCUCGCAUGAUGUUCGGCGUGAUUGAUGAGACUGGAUUGUUGCAAUAUGGACAGCUUCGCCACCUCGUCGACGUGAUCGUGUUUCCAAGAUGGGGUCCCCGUCCGCAUUCUGAUGAGAUGGCAGGCUCGGAUCUCGAUGGCGAUGAAUACGUGGUGAUCUGGGAUGACCAACUACUUUUCGACUACAACAUGCCCCCAUCCGAUUACACUGGGUUGGCACCGGGUCUACCCGUCGUCACCAGCCACACCCAACACUCGGAAGAUGAAGAAGAGGAGAGUCCCAUCGUUGAGCUGGACCCGAGAAGGCGUCAAGAUGAUGAUGACGAGGAAGAUCUGAUCGAUGUUGCGGAAUACGAAGAGCUUGCCGAUCUAUCCGCUGGCGAUGUUUGCAAGGAGGAGUACAAGCCGCGCAGAAUCGUUGAGCUCACCAUUACCCCUCCGCGGACGCCAGCUUCCAAGCCCAUUAUUUCCAAGGAGGAGCGCACUGUCAAUGAGGUGAUCCAAGCUGAGGCCGAAUGUUAUGCUAACUACAUGUUGAACGACACAUUGGGCACGAUCGCCAUCGCCCAUUUGAGCAACGCUGACCGUUGGGGGCUGCUACAUCCAGUCUGCGAAACUGUGGCUCGUCUCCAUUCGAGGGCCGUCGAUUUCCCCAAGUCUGGUCAAGCACCCGAGCGACUUUCAAAGAAAUGGGGGAAGGCCGACGAUCCCGACACUGGACUUGAGGUUGAGGUGCCGCCUACGAAGCCGUUGUUCGCGCCCGAUUUCCUCGACAAGGAUCACGAGCCAAUGUACAAAAGUGGACGGCUGACGGGUUAUUUGUGGCGGAAAGUUGAUAAUCUCAUCGAAAUGGUCAACAAGACGGAUACUGAGGAACAGAAGAGCAACGAAGACUUUCUCGCUCGUCUCGAGAUCAAGGGUUGGGAAACGUAUCAACCGGAAGCGCGUUUGAACUACGACUACUACAUCGAAGAGCAGCAGCAUCUGAUGGGACAAUUUGGAGUGGCCACCGAGGCUGAGCUCUUCACCGGCGCCUACCUUGACUUUAGGGGCAAAAACGCUCAACGGGAGAAAGAUGAGCGUUCGGCCUUCACCGUUGCGGCAGCCGUCGAUCAGAAAAUGCACGACAUCUGGGGACAUUUUCGGGAAGGUUUCUGCAAGAAUAUCCAGGGUCCGCCUUUCGGCAAGUACGAAGAGCUGACGGAGCCCUCGGAACGGCUGGGGGCAACUGGUCCAGAUGACAUGGCGCAUCGUUACUUUGCCACCGCUACACAGGAGAUGAAAAAGAAGGCUGUUGCCUAUUAUCACGUUGUUUACGACCGGUACAAAGACGAACGAGAUCUUCGCGACAACCACCUCUCGUUUGCCUGGCUGAUGUGGGACAUUUUGGCGCUGGUGAUGAAGGACAACUUUAUGCGCGAGGCGCAGAAUCAGAACACCGCGCAUCGAACACUCGUCUAUCCGAUUGAACAGCUCCUGCUCGACGAGAUGUACAAGAUUCCGCCUCACUACGAGCUGCGCUGCAUGCGAUCGCCUCGGGUCCCGAAGUAUCUGCGCGUCUACCCGGAGAUCCUGCCGAUCCUCAAGCUCGUCGAAAAGUGGGCCAUCACCAAGAAUCUGCUCAAGACGCCGAUGAGGGCGGAACACCUGGCCUUCCUGUUUCUGUCAUGGGCUACAGGCACUCCAAGGGGAGCCCAACCACCCGCCAAGCUUGACCGUCUCACCGACGCCGAACUCGAAGAUCCACGGGCCCAGCGCCGUGUCAUCGAGGCACUUCUCAUAAACCCGGGACGCUAUUUGCUACGUUUCCUAGAGUGGCUUGGCUCGGGAGCGUUCCGCCACCUGCACAUGCUCGACUUUCCGCUUUGGCUCGGUCUCGACUGUAUCUUCUCUGACGGCGAAUGGGCAAAGUUGUCCGAAGCGGCUCGGGAGCUGAAUCUCGAGAUGAGCCUGAGCGGGCAGCCGAGUGUCAUGCUGGAGCAUGAAACGAUGGAUGCUCGAUACAAGGACCCCGUCAAGACCAAACUCUUCACCAUCAAUGUUCCUAACGUCAAGAGAAGCGAAUACAAGGUGCACGGACGGGUUCUCACCGAUGACAACGAAAGCGUCGAGCUGCUCUGUGGACGUAUGAUGGAAGCCUACAAUCUGCUCGAAUGCAAGAUGAGAAUCCGACAAAACGAUGAUCUAACGGGUUGUCUCAACGUCCGUGUCUUCGUCCGGGGCAAAGCUUCCUGCCUACUGGCCCUUCACAAGGCUCGCCUACUCGUCUUUCCAAUGGACCCAGAAGAAAUCGAGGAUCAUCGUGAGGAGGACGACACGAGCGUGAUGCGAGAGAUGAUUCGCCGUCUCAUCAUCCGUGCCCCGAAGCAG